AUGUCGGUAUUGAAAGCUGUUGUUAGUUUUUAUCGAACGGGUGAGGAAAGGCCAAUCGAAAGGUACAAGGCAAGACUCAAAGUCCAAGAAGAGCAUCGGACACUUUCAACGUUCAAGAAAAACGUUAUUGACUUUCUUGGUCUUAACGAGCAAGCCAGGAAGUUCGGUCUUGGGUCAUUUGACCUUAAACUUUACCGCCUCGCCAAAAUCAGCGGCAAAAUAGAAAAUUAUUCUUUAUCGACCCAGCAGCAGCUAGAUCUGGAACUACCCCUGUUGCUUGACUCAAAUAGUGAAAGCGAGCUGAACAGUAAGUACUCUUAAAGUUAUGAAUUUUGUACUAAGAUACCGCGUGGCACGAAAUUUUUGCGGGACUUUUAUCUUGCGGAUUGCAGAAACUAAAUUAGCUCCCCAAAUGUUUGGGGAGCUAAUUGUUUCCAUAGCGAAAGUCUGGUUUUCUUGCUGGGGAUUAAUAUUUGUGAUUUUCAGGAGGUCGUGCGCUCGAAAUACCAGUAAAGCAACUAACAGAGAUGUCACUGUUUGUAAAACACGUUGCCGGUAAACAUUGUCAAUUUGAAACAAUUCCCUGUUUUUCCCCGACGCUGCUGCAGACAGUCGUUCUGUACAGUCCUUCGCUAUCGUAAAAAACACUGGACCCUGAAAUUUUGUUUUGUUUUUGUUUUUUGUUUUUUAUAUAACUGGAUGCCUACUUGCAGAUGCAUUAUUGAUUCACGUGAACAACAGAUGAUAGAAGCUGCAAAAUACGCCUCUGACAUUCACAGGAAGUUGAUUUAUUUUCAUAAUGAACUGUUAUCAGGAAUGAUCAUUUUCAUCCCUCACAAAAGAAAUGUUAGUUCACUGACAAUAGCUUAAACCUUUUUUUUCCGUUUUAAACAAAGAGCACAUGUCAUUUUAAGAAAAUGAGAUCGAAAAAUCUCAUACUCAAAGUUCUUCAAAGCCGUGCUUCUCAGCUUGGCUCCGACACUUUUAAAUGUGAGUCUAAGAGUCACGGAAAUGUUCAAGUUCUCAAUUUAUUUGCGCGUCCUUUUUCAGUUCACGUUGUACAGUCUGUUCUUCAGUGGGGAAAAGAGCCUGACGUGUUAAUAAAAAGAGAAGAGGUUAGUAAAAAAAGCAACGCGAAUAACGAACCAGUAGCGCCAAAGAAGAGGAAAUCGCGCCAAAAUGCAAAAGAAGACAAACAGCUUGCAAAAAAACUCAAAGAAGAUAACGAGGGAGUUACACGAACUGCCAGACAACUAAGCGAACUAAAUGAGCUUAAUGCAGGUAAUGAAAUCAUUAAAUACAAAUUAUCAUUUUUCAUUUUACAUUUUAAAAUAAUUAUAGCAAACAUGAGAGUUAUGACUAAAUAAGUUAUAUUUUUUAGUAUUAAUAGUUUUCUAUUCUCCAAUUGUAAAUGGCUAUGCAUUCCAGCCUGUUAACUGAUAUUUUUUCACUAUCCAUCUACCCUACACUUUCUAAAGUGUACAGAAUGUAAUUCAGUGAGUACGACUUAAUUAUAUAAGGCUACGUCAACCUAACAGACUACUAUGCAAACAUUUAUAUGGAAAUUUCAGGUCUUUGUUGUUCUUUGUUUCAGAACUUGCAAAACUUGAAGGUUCGACACCAAUAAACGAGGGUAAAAUCAAAUGCGGUCUUUGUUGCAAGUCGUAUACCGUUCAACUUGACAGAGCCACGGCAGGGAAGAUAUCAUUCUUCAAAAGAAGUAGGUUCAGUUUUAUCAUAAUAAAAUAUGUAACAUUACUUGCCUUGUAAGAAAGUAGUCAAUAGUCAACUUUUAAAACGGACACAUUUAAGCGAUUUCCUUUUCCUAUUAUUGACCUUUAAAUAAAGGUAGAAUUUUCAUCCGAUCAUAAAAGUAGAUUAGUGACAAUCAUGAUACUUACAAAUAAAAACAAACUAGCGCUUCUGAUAUUCUUUCCUAUUUCAGCUCACUUCAAUAUGUGCCAGAAACAGAGAAAAGCUGAGGUUAAAGGAGUUAAAACAUUAGAAAAUUUCUUCGCCAAUUUAACUGCAAAACCUACACCUGCAUGUGCUAGCUUUGCUGAGACUGGGUUAAAUGACAACGACCAAGAACAGUUUGACGGCGAUGACGCAAUCGUUUCAGAGAAGUAACGGCAUCAGCCUAUCACUUUUGACAUUGUUUAUUUGUGUGGUUAGAAAAAUAAGUGUAUCUAUUGCAGAUCACUAGUUUAUGUCAUAGACGUGUUAUUGUCUAUCGUUACAGUUGCAAACAGCACUUUAAAAAGAGACAAAGCUCUCAAAGCUCUCUUCCGGUGUUUUUUUUUUCCCUUCUACUCGAUUUAGUUAUGAUGAAAUCUUUAGAAUUUCUAGCAAAUAAAGGUGAAUAUAUUAAAGCUAUUUCCAGAUCCUGUGGUACGUUUCUUGAACACCACUGGUUGUUUUAUCCGACAAAAAGUGCUAUCAAAUUACUCGAUCGAUAACACGAAAGUAAAAACAACAACUACAACAAUCAGGCGAGGAAUAGCCGAGAAGAAAUCUGUGCGAACAGGUUGACCUAGAAUUUUUUAUUUCACAGUGAGAAUGAGGAUCUAGAUAUCGAUAGCCCUUUCGUUACAACUUUCCCGGAUUUCUCCGACGAUGAAGAAUGUUCCAAGAUAUCAGAAUGCGAGUCAGAGGAGCCUGAGGACAAAAAUAACCAAGGUCCUACCACAAGCGGUGAAGUAGACACAGAGCAUAUAGCCGAUGAUCUCAUAUCCUGCACUGUGUAA